AUGGCGCUCCCCAUUCGCCGUCUGAUCCGAGCCCAUGGUAACUCCACCUUUCGCCGUGCGGCGUACAUAUUUUGCGCCACCCUGCUCACUUGCUCUCUCCUCACCGGUAUCAUCAUUUUCUACCUUGUGGUGGUGCCCUACCUCCAUGAACACGGCUUUGAGGAGAGCUUAUGCCAUUUAGCCAAGAUUGAGCCUUACACUCCCAUCCUCAAGUGUGAGAAUCGGUGCUCCCGAGAGCGAUCCUUCUUUCCCUGUCUGCGAGUGUCAGUCAUAUUUCAACGCAAUAAUAUCAACUUUUCGGCCACUCUAUUUGACACAAUUGAAACGCAUGAGCAUUAUCGCACGUAUGGGUGUGUGACGCAUUCCUGUCAGAAGCAGUUGGAGGAGAACACCUUCGCCAUCCAUGUUUUUCGCUGGCGUCUCAUCAGGCAACCCGUGUUUCGCUGUUUCGUAGCCUUCGCGGUGCAUGGGAAUGAGGCGCUGAUGUAUAAGUAUCAUCGGCCUUCCAGCGUUACCUACGGGAUGUUCCUACCCGCUCUGUGCUGCUUUAUUGCAAUUCUCUCCUUACUCGCCCUUUGGCACUUUGAUCGCCGUCGCGUCUGGCAUCUCGAGGAUGAGACUGCAUUUGGUCUUGUCGAGUCUCGAACAUAUAAUCAGGAGUCAAUCUAG